AGUAUAUGAUAAUGGGGUUGAAAAUAGAAGCUAUUUACCCAAAAGACAGCUCUGAUGCCACCAUUCAACUCAGAGAGUGUCAUUCACAAACAUCUGAACAGGUAUUUAAGGCAUUACGGAUGGAGAGCAAGUACUGAUUGAACCAACGAAAACGGGCUUUUGAAGAGAAGAAAUAUGACUUCAAGACUUUUGUCAAUCAAUCUUACCAAACAACUUCUGAAGACCAUCAAGAACCUGUACUAGAAGAGCCUGAAAAUGAUAAAGAGAAGGAAAAUAUUGAUCCCUCCCCAGUCAAAAAAGUUCGCAAGUACAAUAUCUCCUUCAAAGGGACAGGGGCGCUGUCUAAUCUAGGGAAUAUUCUGAACCAAGAGCACCAGGAAUUUGUGAAGAAAGAAGCAAAGAAAUCAGACCAAAAAUCCUCCAAAAAAGUGUUCAUGGCUGGUAAACUCAAACACAAAGUCAUGAAGGAGAAGCUCAAAGAGCAACAAAAGAAGGAAAAUAAACACUACGAGCAUGAAGAUAUUAAUAAAUCUAUAGCAGCCCAAGGUGGAAGAAAUGGAGAUAAGGAGAAGGUCACAGUCAAUGUCCUACCUGAGCGCACCUUUCACAGUGGCAAAAAACGUAGUUUCUACAUCAAAGUAGUAGGCGAAAGUGGUUCUGAAGACUCCAUUGUUGAAAUAGACUCCCAAGAAGCCAAGAAAUCUGUAGCUGAAAGAAAACGUAACAAAAAGGCCAAGAAGAAAUUCACUGAAAAAGUUGACGUCAACUAUGACUACUACUCUGAUAAGGACAAAAUAUCUCCAGAGAAGAUUGUGAUUGACAGCCCGGCUCCACCAGAAUCAGCUGAAAAUAAACCAGAGACUACAGAUUUAACUGACCAAGCAUUAUCAAAGAUCGUAAUGAGAGAUAUAAUGACAGAAGUCACUCUUGCAGAAAGAUAUGAAGCCCAGCAGAUAGCAGUACGCAAUUUGGAGAAAGCCAAAAAGUCUUCUGGAAAAUCAAAGAAGCAGGCAGAUCUACCUUCAAAGAAGGCAGAUCCUGCCUACAAGCCUUCUGCUGGAAGCCAGAAAAAUUCCUCCUCAGAUGUCUCCUUGAUUGAGGAAGGUGACCUAGAAGAGCUCAAAAAAGAAGCAAGAAACGUUCUUAAGAAAAAGAAACGUGUUGUAGUGUUCAACGAAAAAUUUGUGGAAGAUACAGAGGAAGACAUGAGUCAAGAAUAUUGUGUUGAAGAUGACAUCAAAAUCAAGAAAGGAGCUAAGAAAAAGAAACCACCUGUUAAGAAGAGAAAAGUUCCAACUAGAGGAAGAAGAGGGGGAGGAUUCCUAUGUUCUGUUAGAAAAAUUCGGAACUAA